UGUUAUCGGCCAUGUUGCUUGUUUUCAUGCCGGAUGGGACUCCGAAAACGGGAAUAUUAAUCUAAAAGUUGCAGUUGCGUUCAUUAAAUGACGAAUUCAGCAUGGUCCGCACGGUGAAGAGACGGCAAUCAACAGUGCGAUGUUCCCAGCAGCUGCUGACGGCUGUGGCAUACAUUCGCCAGCAAAAACAGAUCCCCAACAUAGACCGUCUAACUCGCUACAUGCAGAGGGAAAAUGAUAUGCAGUAUGGGGAGACCGUUCAACAGCUCAGCUAUGUGGUCAAAGAUGGCCUCUUGCUGUCUUAUACAGCAGUCGGUUGUAAAGGAUCCAAAACAGGGCUGGAACAAGAAGGAUUUAGAAUUCCAACAGAUGAUGACCAAGAAGAGGAAAAUGACCACGACUGGUACUGCUUCGAGUGUCACCAGCCAGGGGAGGUGGUCAUGUGUACCGACUGCUGGAGGGUCUUUCAUCCAAUCUGUACAAGGGAGGAUGCAUCAGGCACCAAAUUCUGCUGCUCAGUCUGCAAGGAGACUGAGGCAGGUAAAAAGAGAAACAAAAUCAAAAAGAAGCUGCUCAACACUUUACUGAGCUACACUGUGCUACGUCUCAAAGAGAAGACAAGAGAACUACAUCGAAUUGGCCACACAGAGGAGUUUAACCGUUUCCUCUACAUGCCCAUGGAUCUCAACACCAUGGAAACCAAGGUUCAGGCCAAAAAAUACAAGUGCCUUGAGGAGUUCCUAGCAGAUGCCCAAAACGUGCUUCAUAAUGUCUUUCUAUUAUAUGGAGAUGAAAAAGGUGGAAUGGCUGAACUUGCCAGAAUAAUGAUAAGAGAUUGUAAAUAUGAUUUGGAUGAAAUUCAGCAGUGUCCUAAUUGUUAUUAUUUAUCAAAUGCCAAACCUCCAAACUGGUUUUGUCAGCCAUGUAAUCCUGCCCAUGAACUUGUGUAUGCUAAGCAGAAAGGCUUUAGUUUCUGGCCAGCAAAAGUAAUAAAGGUUUUAGGCGGAAAAUAUGAUGUUCGAUUCUUUGGAGGAUACCACCAACGAGCUGUGAUCCCAGAAGGAAAGAUCAAGCCUAUCUCAACCAAUGUCAGAAGUCUCACUGUGAAGCGAACUACAGGGUUUGUGAAAGCAUGUGCAGAGCUUGAACUCCACCAGAAACUGUUACGGGAGAAAGUGACGGAGUCGAGUAUUGACAGCGACAGUGAAGACUUGGACUGGGAGGAUGAUACCGACACCCGACAAGUCACAUCAACAAGUCUCCUGCCAUCAAAAGUACAUGCCGCUAAAGUUGUUUUGAAACGUAUUUCAGACCAGCAUGUCAAGUCAAAGAAGUCCAAAAAGAGAGCUGCCUCAUCUCCAGAAGACUCCUUGGUCGUCACUUCCAGUGAAGACAACCAAGCUAGAUCACCAUCCAAGAUGUCAACACCUCCUCCACCACCACUAAUAUAUACAUCAACUUCAUCCACACAAACAGUCAAACCAAAAGUGCAUGCGGUCUCAAUACAGACAGAUGAAGUGAAGACGUCACCUGUACACCCAAGCAGUGGUGGCGUCAAUGAGGAGAAGACAUCCAAAAAUAACAUUGAGUUUGAGACUCUGAAGAAAGAGCUCAAAGAACAGAAAGAUCAGGCCCUUUCGAAACUAGAGGAAAGGCUAAAGAAGGACUUUGAGGAGGACAAGCAGCAAGCAGUGUCGCGAGCUCUGACCAAUAUGCAGCGUGAGAUCGAUCGGGCCAAGCGACAGGCUGAGGAGAAGUGUAAGGAGCAGUAUAUGGAAGAGAUGAAGAAGCUGGCCCAGAAACACAAGCAGGACAUAUCACAGACCAAGAAGAAGCAGUGGUGUUUUAACUGUGAAGAAGAGGCUAUGUACCACUGCUGCUGGAACACAUCGUAUUGUAGCGUGAAAUGUCAGCAAGAACAUUGGCACAAAGAACACAAACGCGUGUGUCGGCGGAAACGUUGACGUUAUGCCCCGCCUAGUCAUCAUCAACUUUCAGCACCAUCUUCAACAUCAUCAAGAUAAAUUACUUCAGAGUCAUCAUCUUCUACAUUGCUGACUCAACAUCAGCAAUAUUCAAUAAUUUGAUCAGUCAUUUGUCUCAUCUUCAUCCAAAGGAUGCUGCUUUUGUUACUUAUCUAUUUUCAAUAUAUUCAACUGAAGAAGUAGAUUAACGCUUGAAUAAUGUUCCAAACUAUCUGUGUACGAUCAAGACACAAGAGUGUGCACUGGUCAGUACGAUACAUUGUAGGAGGAUGCUUUUGUCUCUUUGAUAGGCAGAUACUGAUUAGUGAAGACUGUUUGUUAUUCAGUGUAAUUCUGUAGUAAGUUGUGCUUCACUAACAACCCAUUCCUGUACCUGGAAGAUCCAGAGGUAUGGCAAACACUGGUCCCAGGAAGAAGAGUGAUUUGUGCAGAAUGUUCAACAUUAAGGUUUACUUCAUUUUUGCUGAUUUAUAGGUAUCCCAGUCUUAUAGAUUAAGGAAAUUAUGAAGAAAAAAUAUCAGAAUCAAAAGAGGCCAAGCCAAGAUAAUAUUCAUAUAGUCACCUGCUAACAAAAUUGGUCACAGUUAAAAUCCGUAAACAAAGAAAAACAUUUUCCUUUUCCUAAACCGUAUGUUAAGAUCUGGGCGUCCCUUGAUUUAGACAUACACAACAGCCCCAGAGUAUUUAUUCGGACACUGAUUGGUAGCCACCAUCAGCACAUGUCAAAUUCAAACUCCUUGACCUUGACCUUGAAUGAACAGACACGAUGUGUACAUAAGUCCAAGUUUCAGGCCCACCCACUGGCAACUACUGUCUCAGGUACUGGUUUUUUGAUUUGUUACCCCUGAGGUUUAUACUUAUCUUAGAUCUUUGUAGGAAUUACCAUCAGAGCAUACUGAUAAUAAAUAACCUACUGGGUAAACUACUGGGUAAAGCAGUACAAUAUCAUUGAGGAAUUGCUUGUUUGUAAGGACAGAUGUAUCCAAAGUGCAAGGCUAUCUUAGUAGUACAAUUAAGGUUAGUAUUUGAUGGGUUUUCAAGCAACAAUAGUGUAGGCACAAAUAUAUUUGGAUCUGCAUCAUGUGUGUCCAGUUUUAAAGAAUACAAGAAUCACAUGACACUACACAAAUCAGCUGGAGAUAAUAGGGCUUUUAGUCCACGAGACUUCAUGUUUCCCAAGGAUAUUAUGGCUUUGUGUAUGACCAGUCUUAAUUCAAGAUAUGUUUUCAUUCAUAACCAAAACUUGUACAUUUGAAACAACAAGCUAUUCAAUUCCACAUGUAUAUGGCUUUAAUUUGGUCAGAGACCAGUCAUCCAUUAAAACCUCAUAACCAAUUCCUAAUUGUUUCAUGUUGAAUUUCAUGUCAGUAGAAGUAAUCUGAUCCAUCACAUAUUUUGCUGUACUUGUACUUUUUCAUUCAUCUGUGAAAUAUUAAGAGCUGAUGAUAUAAAACACCACAAGACAAAACAAAUCAAAUCAAAUCACACUUACCGGUACCUUUUCCAAGUUUUACUUACAAAUAAUAAUGCAUACUAUUUGAAGUCAAGAGCUGAAGUGUUAGUCAGGUAAUGGUUUGCAAACAGGCAGCUAGAAGCAUCUCUAUUUUGAGAGAUUUGAUUUGCUAUGAUAUGUGAGCCCUCGGCUCUGAUCUUGCCUUAUCAUUUACCAAGCAGGACUUUGGUAUUGUUUUAGAUUGUCCAGCCUUAAAAUGUAUCCCACUCAAGGCACAAGUAUAUGUCCUCCUGACGUAUAUGUCAGGCACAUAUUUCAUCAUGUUUUGUUUGCUUCAUGAGUUUUCAGGUUUUAUUUUACAAGUUAUUUAGAGCCAUACUUUAGAAAAUAUGUCCAAGGGAGUUGGUUAUUAGAUUGAAAUACAUGUAAUACAUUCUGUAAGAGGAAUCUUGAAUGGAACUUGUAUGACUUUGUAUAAUCUCCUUAAAUAUUGAUUUAUUUUAUUUAUAUCAAUGUUCAUAUCUUUGUGAAAUAAUUACAUGAGAAUAAGUUUGUUAUAGGGCAGUGUCUUUUGGAAAAUAUAUUUAUUGCAGUAUAUUGCGAUUCAGGUACCUGUAUUGCGUUAUAAGCUGAGCUGAAGUGUUGGACAAUGAGUUGCACUGCUAGUACAUACAGUACUAUUUUCUACAUACUAAGUCCCUAAAAAUGUAUGUUAUGGUUCUGAAAACAAUUUCAAAAUGAGAAUGGAUAGGGAUUCUUUUUCUUCUUUUAUACAAUUUUUAGUAAUUAAAAUAUGUUGUUUUGUCAAUUAAGUAUGAAGGGAAGCAUCAAUUGUGAAUGAAAGUCAGUGUAGAGUUCAACUUAAGAUAAUCACAGAAUUCUCAUAUUUGUUUUACCCUAGUACUGGGUCUCAGAAAAAAAGAUUGCAACAUGAAAUGUUUAAAAAGCAUAUUGCUGUAUACCGGUUAUACUCUGCAGUCCUAGUUUCUUGUAGGACCACAAUUACUACUGUAGACUAAUUCAUAUUGCUGUGUAGGCAUUCUGUAGUUGAUUCUCCCAGAAUCACUCAGAUUAAAGGAAUGAACAUAGAGGCCAGAAUAAUUGAUUUUCAUCCACAAGAUGACGAAUAUGGCAAUCAAAAUGCUGACAGUUAAGAAUCCAUGUAAAUUAUCCUGCUAUUGCGUGUAAAUAUUCUGUCUUACCCAUAUCCUUUUGAUCUAUGAGAAACAUCUAUUCAGCUUGACAGGAUCUAUAAGAGGGGUAAAUCAGCGGGUGUUAUCACACACAACUGUGUAUAUAUGAGUAUCAUAUGUAAAUGGGGAACAGUUAUCUCCACUGUCAACAUACAAAUGGAGAAUGUAUUUCUAUCUUUUAUUAUUUUCUGAUAGAUUUUGAUAUGACAUUUGCAGUAGAACAGUUAUCCUGUUUGUUGCGAGGUGUGAGAGCUGAGAUGUGCUCCGUCACCUGUAAAGUUUAUACAGAGUUGGGCUGACUGUAGGGCUGAGAAACUUGUGUUUGAUUCUGGACCCACACUUGGUGGACUCAGACACAGAAAUUAUCAAACUGGUCUAUGCUGCUUUUCAUAUUCAGUCUUUAUUAAUCAAAACAUAAGAUAUUGUCUGCAGCUUUGGACAGGUUCAGUUUCAGUUUCAGACAAUGUACAUUUACCGAUCAUAUCUUAGAUCAAUCAAUCAAUGCAUGUCUGAUCAUUUGAAAGGUUCGUUUAUAGUAUUGUCAAGGAUAUCCGAGUAACAUUAGUUACCUGGGCUCUGUUCCUCAUAGCAAUCUUGUCACUUUGACUGUCGUAAGCCUGUGUUAAAGUAUCAGACUUAAGAUCACCUUGCAAUUACUAUUUUAUUGUGGAACAGGGCAUCGUUUCCACAAAAUGAUUUAAGCACUAAGACUGACAUAAGCCUGUGUUAAUGUAUGGGAGUUACGACCACGUUAUGAUUACUAUCGCAUUUCUUCUUUUCAGUGGCAUUUUUACUAUAAUUUUAGAAGUUGUUCAUCCCUAAAGUUUGUCCUAAUCUACUAUUGCAUUGUGGAACAAGGCAAAGGUUCCACAAAAUGAUCUAAGCAAUGUAGCUUGAAUAUUGGGAAUUACAGUCAUCUUGGCUUUCGAUCAUGUAGGAGAACAAAACCCAGGUUCACCCAAAUCAUUUGAGACUUAGGACUGCAAUAAGCCUGUGAUGAAGUAUUUGGGUCAAGAUCAUCUCAGGACAUAGAUCACUUGAACGGGGUUCUGUACAAACAUCAGAGAAAGAAGUACACAUCAGGGUCCUCAUCAACAAAACGUUCAUAGCCCUACAACAUUCUAAAGCCAAUGAUAAACAGACAGGUCGUAACAUUAUGAACGCUUUGUGGAUAAGAACCCUGGGCCUAGAUUUUCAAGGCUCUCUUAACGCUAAGAUAGUCAUAAGUGUCAUACAUUAACAUUAACUUACGACUAUCUUAGCCCUAAGAGAGCUUCGAAAAUCAAGGCCCUGGCACCUAAUACUUGUCAGUUCUGAAGACACUUCAUGACCCAAACCACCUCAAAUGAAAGUGGCUUGAAUCAGGUUUGUUUGACUUUCCUAUCUCUUGUCUGAAACCUGUUCAGACAGACUCCAUAACUGACAGCAGCAAAAUUGUGAAUCAAUCAUACAGACCUACACCUGCAGUCACAUUGGUUAUACGUCUUGUCUUUCUUCUGACCUGCAAACUAAACUGAUUAGCUAGAAGAUUAUCAAAUAUGUCAAUACCUGUAGGCACCAUUCUAUAUUACAUCUGUGUAGCUAAGGGAUCUGACCAAAGUGUUUGUCAUUUGGGCCAUGUGUAUUACAGUUGACCCAGGGUCACAGUCCACAAAACGUUGUAGCGCUACGACAUUCGUUAGCCUGUAGUAAACUAUAGAGUUACGACAUGUUGUAACGUUACGAACGCUUUGUUGAUCGGGGCACAGUAAUGUAUGUUUUUACACCAACACCAUCAGUUGGAGUGAAACUGAAAGUUCCUUUUGUUCAAACUGUUAACUUUAUACACAGAUAUGCUGUUAUUGAACUCAAGUGUAUGGUUGUGCUCUAAGAGCAAUCCCGGACUCAAGACAGUUCUUUAUGAAAAGACCAGUUAUGAGAACAUGUAACUUAGCAACACCUCACCCAUUGUAUCUUGAUUUAGUCACUCGUUCCGACAGUUACUGAGUGACUGUCUGAAUCAUUACAAUGGUGGUGACACUGAUGGUGAUGAAAUCAGUGGGUGAUCAGGUUGGGGUGAAAACAGGAAAAAAAGACAUUUCAAAUUCUUUGUUCUACCAGGAUUUUGAAAGUCGUUUGCCAUGUGUGCUGUGUGUUAUUGUAUUAAACAUUUUGGAGAUAAACUACUGGUUCAUCUUUUUCAUUAGAGGUAUAAUUGUUUUACCAGGUAUUUGCUUUUCAGUUUUGUUUUAAUUCUAAAAUUUCAUUAUUUAUGGUUUUGUAAACCAAUGUUUUAUAAAAUAAGGAUUACUUAGGUAAAACCUGUCUAUCAUUGUGUCCUCACUUGAACAAUAAUGACCUGUCUACUCAUUUCUCUGAUACAUGUUGUUAGAAAUUUGUUGGUGUCUAUGCAAAUCCCACCAGAAUUGCUUGGUAGUAUGUUGCUCUUUUAAUCAGUCAGUAGUCUGUUUAAUUGGUCACCUUGCAAGAUUAUACCAUAUAUUUUUGUAUGUAUAGACUAUUUCUCAGUGAUCCAAAUUAUUAUGUUUCUAAUGACAUUGGAUCUCUUACCUAUGAUUAAAUCUACAGUAAUUGA